GCGCAAGACUGGUUUGCUCUCCGCGACUCACAUGGAUGCUCCUCCUCGCUGAUUCACUCGACUGGGCCUCCCGAGCCACCGACGAACCGACCGGCCCUGCGCACCCAGCGCCGGCCUCCCAUUUCUGACCCCUGCGCCGCAGAGAGGGGCAACCCGAUGCGACCGAUACGGCUGCCGGAGCCGGAGCCGGAGCCUCCGGGCGGGGCCACGCCGGAGAUCUUCGCCGCGGGAGGCGGCGCGGCGGUGGUGCGCCGCGCCGUCGUCAUCGGCAACGGCUGCGCCGGCGCGGAAAGCCAGUGCUUCGGCCUCCUCCGCGUGCUGGGCCUCGUCGACCGCCUCACGCUCUAUCGUGCCAUCAGGCCAACAGGAGGAAUCAACAAGUGGCUGCAUUUUCUUCCGAUCUCCUUCCACAAAACACUGGAUCAAUUUCUCAGGCGGGUAUUUUCUGAUACGAGAUUUGCAACGUUGGUUCAAGGAAACAAGUUCGUGCAGUAUCCUGUCCGUAACUGUCAAUCAUUUGGACUCUCUUCUGUACUGGAAGCAGAUACUCAAAAGAUGGUGACCAUGGUCCGUGAUACCUUUGAGAAAGAAGGUCCUGCCCUGGUUGUUGCUUGUGGCCGAGAUACCGUAUCAUAUGCAAGUUCCAUAAGAUGUUUAGCUCCAGAUAAUGUGUUUGUCAUUCAGAUGCAACAUCCCAGGUUUCACCUUGAUAGGUUUGAUUUAGUCGUGGCGCCUCGUCAUGACUACUAUGCUUUAACUGCAAAGGGAAAACAGGAAGUUCCACGCCUUCUCCGGAGAUGGAUUACUCCACAAGAACCACCUGGUCCUAAUGUGGUCCUCACUGCUGGUGCACUUCACCAAGCAGAUUCUGCUGCUUUACGUUGUGCUGCUGCAGAUUGGCAUACUGAACUCGCUCCUUUGCCGAAGCCAUUGGUAGUAGUGAACAUUGGUGGACCAACAAGAAACUGUAAAUAUGAUGUGGACCUUGCCAAGCAGCUGGUAAGCUCGCUACACAAUGUUCUGAAGACCUGUGGAAGUGUCAGAAUUUCAUUUUCUAGGAGAACACCACAAAAGGUGUCUGAUCUCAUAUUGAAAGAGUUCAGUACACAUCCUAAGAUUUAUAUUUGGGAUGGUGAAGGUCCUAAUCCGCAUUUGGGCCAUCUUGCAUGGGCUGAUGCUUUCAUCAUAACAGCAGACUCUAUAAGCAUGCUAAGUGAGGCAUGCAGUACUGGGAAGCCUGUCUACGUCAUUGGAGCCGAGCACUGCAGGUGGAAGUUCGCAGAUUUUCACAACCAUCUUCGUGAGCGUAGGGUUGUCCGGCCUUUCACUGGACUGGAAGAUAUGUCAGAUAGCUGGAGCUAUCCUCCCCUGAAUGACGCUGCUGAUGUGGCUGCAAGGGUUCGUGAAGCGCUUGCGCAACGUGGAUGGAGGUUGGGUUAACAGUAACCAAAGUAGAGAAUGAAAAUAACUUCACUUCAGUUAUCUUGGUUGCACAGAAAUUUGGUAUUUAGUCAUGCCUUGCUUGCUAGGAAAACAUAACUGAUUGCGCGAUUUGCAUGAAGCACACCCAGUUCCGCAUGAAGUUUUGAGCAACCAUACAUCCAAAGAUGUGAAAUCAUGACAUAUCCAUUCACUAGUGUAUUGUUCUGCUGUAAAGACGCCGAUUGAGCUGAUAGUGCAGUUAAAUACUCAUCACUGGAAGAGUUGGCCAGGGCCUCAUGGGACAUCUGCCAUCGUGGGCUGUGACUGUGCUGAGUUUAUCCUCAGACGCCAUUGCUCCGUUGAGCUGCGACGAAUGUGUAAAUCCUUUCGUGGCCUGACAAAUUAUGGAGGCCAUGUUAGGAGGCAGCAUAAACUAAGCCCUGCUUUGGCGAAGGGUAAUAGAUCUAA